UUGAUUGACGUCGAGGAAGAAAAAGAACACAAGAUCGGAUUACAAGAUGGCGGUCUGUGGACGUUAGCAAGGAGGCCAUAGGAGUUCUUGUGCUCAGUGUGAAUUUAUACUUUAUUAUCAAGCCUCCCUUUGAGCUGUUUUACACCGUAAACGUAAUGCGUCUGUGAAUAGCGACGGGUACACUUAUUCUUAUUGUGAACUUUGCUAAGACGUGCAUGUUUUGUAACAUGCGGGUGGAAACAAAGUUAACAGAUCGAGGCUAGGAAAACAGUAGACGGGGUGAAGUGAUAGCUUGUUAGCACCUAGCUAGCUCCGACUCGGUUAACCAUGUCGGACACUCGGCGGCGAGUGAAAGUAUAUACUCUAAACGAAGACCGUCAAUGGGAUGAUCGGGGCACCGGGCACGUUUCUUCGACCUUUGUUGAACGCUUGAAAGGAAUUUCGUUAUUAGUUCGGGCCGAAUCCGAUGGGUCUCUACUGUUGGAGUCGAAGAUAAGCCCGAACACUGCAUAUCAGAAACAACAGGACACAUUAAUUGUCUGGUCAGAAGCAGAUAACUAUGACCUUGCUCUCAGUUUCCAAGAGAAGGCUGGCUGUGAUGAGAUCUGGGAGAAGAUUUGUCAGGUUCAAGGCAAGGACCCUGCCCUUGACAUCACCCAGGACCCCAUAGAUGAGUCGGAGGAGGAGCGCUUUGAGGAGAUUCCAGAGACAAGCCACCUUGUGGAGCUCCCUCCAUGCGAGCUUAGCCGACUGGAAGAGAUAGCUGACCUGGUCACCUCUGUCCUGUCCUCUCCCAUCCGUAGGGAAAAACUUGCCUUAGCCCUGAUGAGUGAGGGCUACAUUAAGAAACUCCUUGGUCUCUUCAGAGUAUGUGAGGACCUGGACAACAGGGAGGGCUUGCAUCACCUUUAUGAGAUUGUCCGAGGUGUCUUGUUCCUCAAUAAAGCAGCCCUCUUUGAGGUGAUGUUUUCUGAUGACUGUAUCAUGGAUGUGGUUGGCUGCCUUGAGUAUGACCCCGCACUGGUUCAGCCUAAACGGCACCGGGAGUUCUUGACCAAGACUGCAAAGUUUAAGGAGGUGAUCCCCAUCACAGACUCUGAGCUACGUCAGAAGAUCCACCAGACCUACCGGGUGCAGUACAUCCAGGACAUCAUCCUGCCCACACCAUCUCUCUUUGAGGAGAACUUCCUGUCCACACUCAACUCCUUCAUUUUCUUCAACAAGGUGGAGAUUGUCAGUAUGUUGCAGGAGGAUGAGAAGUUUUUAACAGAAGUCUUCGCACAGCUCACAGAUGAAGCCACAGAUGACAGUAAAAGGAGAGAACUUGUAAACUUUGUCAAGGAAUUCUGUGCUUUUUCACAAACGUUGCAGCCGCAAAACAGAGAUGCUUUCUUCAAAACAUUGGCAAAUCUAGGCAUCUUACCUGCUCUUGAAAUAGUCAUGGGAAUGGAUGACCUGCAGGUGAGGGCAGCAGCUACAGACAUCUUCUCUUACCUGGUGGAAUUCAGCCCCUCCAUGGUCCGGGAAUUUGUCAUGCAGGAACCACAGCAGACAGACGACGAUGUCCUGCUGAUAAAUGUUGUUAUCAAGCAGAUGAUUUGUGACUCUGACCCAGAGUUGGGAGGGGCGGUCCAGCUAAUGGGUCUGCUCAGGACACUCAUCGACCCCGAGAACAUGCUGGCUUCCACCAAUAAAACUGAGAAGACAGAGUUUUUGAGUUUCUUCUACAAGUACUGCAUGCAUGUCCUGACGGCUCCUUUGCUGGCCAACACCGCACAUGACAAACACUCAAAGGGCGAUCUGGAUCUACAGGAGGGAUCAACUAAGAUCAACCCAGUCUGUCCAGAUAACUUUCAGACAGCUCAGCUGCUUGCACUGAUAUUGGAGCUUCUUACCUUCUGUGUGGAGCACCACACCUACCACAUCAAGACUUACAUCAUGAACAAAGAUCUUCUCAGAAGAGUACUGGUGCUUAUGAACUCAAAGCACACCUUCCUUGCCCUUUGUGCCCUGCGUUUCAUGCGGCGGAUCAUUGGUCUAAAGGAUGAGUAUUACAACCGCUACAUUAUCAAAGGGAACCUGUUUGAGCCUGUCAUUAAUGCCCUGCUUGACAAUGGCACCCGAUACAACCUCCUCAACUCAGCCAUCAUCGAGCUCUUUGAGUUCAUUAAAGUGGAGGACAUCAAAUCUCUCAUCGCUCACAUCGUGGAUAACUUCUACAAAGCACUUGAAUCCAUUGAGUACGUCCAGACUUUCAAGGGCUUGAAAGGCAGAUACGAGCAGGAAAAAGACAGGCAGAGUCAGAGACUCAACAGAUAUCGAAGAGAUGCACGGUCAUUGGAUGAGGACGAGGAGUUGUGGUUCAAUGACGACGACGAGGAUGAUGACGGAGAGGCCGUGGAAAAGAGAAUGGAGGACGACUUCUCUGACAGCUAUGGCAAGUACAUGGAAGCCAAAAAGGGAGCUGCCAACGGAGCGAAUGGUGCCAACAACGGGAAAGCUGUAAUUUCUCCUUCAUCACCGUCUGGCACUCCAAACAACAGUUCAACUUCCUCCAUCAAAACAGUUGCUCUUCCUGCCACACCAGCAGUUAAGACUGCACUGGUUGGUUUAGUGGACUACCCAGACGAUGAGGAUGAUGAGGAGGAAGAAGACGAGGAAGAAGAGCAGUCUCCAAGGAAGCGUCCCCGUCUGAGUUCUUAAGGCUACUUGUCCUCUAUUUGGUCAUGAUGGACAGACACAAGAGUCCCUCCAGUCCUCUCCUUUGGUUGUCCCAUUGGUCCUUGGCCAACUUGUGUCACCCAUUGGUCUGGCUGAGGAGAUGGGCAAAGAUGAGCUCCCACCUCACUCAGUCCCUUUUGAUCUCUGCUCCUCUUUUCUCUCAGUGGGAGGAGAUGGAGAGCUUUUCUUAAACUGGAAAGAAACACCGAUUAGUGUUCCUUCACCUCAUUAUUUUUUUUUUUGACUUUUUAUUCUGCCAACAGCUUCCUUCAGGAAACCCCCAAAUUCCCCAUUUUAGUCCUGAUCAUUUCGAAAAUGUAUCCCAUACUCCCCUGCUCUCGUAGCUCAUUCCUCUUUCUGAACUACUUUCUCAUUUCUCCUCCAUCGUCCUAUGUACCGACCAGAGGGGCUGCAAUGAAAUCUGUGCCAAGGCCUAACCCUGCGCAGUUGCUAUAGCAACAGUAGCAAGGAAGCCCGUGGUACUACAGCAGUCUCGCAGGAGCCCUCACACGUCCUCAUUUGAACUGUUCCUUCUGUCCUUCUCAAACCCGGACCAGUGAGUUCCAGAGACGGAGAAAGCCAGAACACAACCAGCCAGUGUGAGAACUGUGAAGCAGGCCAGUCAGGCUAGCAGGACUAGCUGUUAUAGUUAUAGAAAGCUUGACUGGCAGAAGCAGUGUGUGAGCUGCCCUGCCACAGAUUUGUCCACCUUUGUCGGAGCUAGAAGGACCGAGGCAAUAUGGAAGACUGAAAACAAAACAUUGAGAGACAAAGGAGGUAAUGAUGACAUGUCAAAAUAUACCAGGAUGAAAACAUUUGAGACUUAGAUCCAGAGGAGCAGGACUCAUACCCUCAGAAGCCAUGGCAUCUGUUCGGCCGAGGCGCACACAGAACACAACACAAUGUCUCACAUACAGGACUGUGUUAGCCAGAAAUUUCAUGUCUUUGUUAAAAAGUACUGUACAGAUGUUUUUUGUUCUCUUUUUAAUCAUUUGCCCUUGAUUUAAUUUGAAGGGGAGAGAGAUGGCCGCCUACCUGUGUAUUUUUUUUGUUGCACAAAAGGCGGGGUCUCUGGUCAUCCUUUCAGCCCCAUUCAUUUGAUUCAAUGUAAAAUGCUGGUUUUAAAAAUAACAUUAAACUGCAGUAAAGUCAUUUUUGCAGCCAACAUUUUGAGGAUGUCUGGAAUUUUGUAUUUUAAAGGAUUUAAGAAUAUAGUGGCCUCAUUUUGUUGCUGCACUCUUAACUGGGUGAAAAACCUGAGUGGUUGGUGUGUUGACGAGUAGAUUUAGUCCACACUUUGUAUUUUCUAAGUUUUGAGUCUCGGCAUCUUCCUCUCAGAUGGAUCUCAGGUUCACAACUCAAUUUGACACAAACAGUUGCCCACCCUGUGUGUGUGUUUGCGCGUGUGUUGUAACACUGCGAGCUGGUUGAACAUCUCAGGUUUAUUAGUGAAUGAAGAAUGACGGUCUUGAGUUUAAAGGGGCAUGAGGCAUCAAGAUUUUUAAUCCAUUUUGAAGAAUUCAGCUUAGUUCCACAGUUCACAUUAUACAUAUGCUGUUUUUGGCCUGUUAUCACAAACUGUAAAUUAAUUUUUAUUAACAAUUUAAUUUGAGUGUCAUGAAUGAAUAAGCUGUUUUUGUUAUGAUAACGAUGAUUUAACCCCAGAGGUCAUACAGUGCAGCUUGUAAAAGAGUUGUGCUGGCUGAGAAUUUCCACCAUCAAAUUGCAGGUUUGACUAUGUCAGAGGUCAGCGACACAUUUCAGUGUUGGGUCCAAACAUUUUCUGGGUUGUGUUGUCCAGGUCUCACGACAAGCACGCUGUAAGGUAAUCAGAAAAUGCUUGAUCACAAACUUAAACCGUCGGCUAAAUUCUAAUCGACAAGGUUGGAACUCGAGUGAAAUUAGUGCCAAUGUGGUUUUCAGGAAAUCAGCAGCACUGAAGCAGUGAAUUGUCUUUCCUCCUGUUAGUGUCAACAACAUGCACUCCACUGAUGAUGUUGUACCAAGUGCAUUUACUACCACUAUCCAUUCUUAACAUUUGUAUGAAUUUGAUAAGUUUUGGAAUUAAAUGUGACCCUGACACUGAAA